CUCCUUCCUCCUCCUCCUCCGCCUCUCUUCCUCCUCCUCCUCCUCUCGUGCUGUCAAGUGAGCCCCGGGAGACCGGCCAUGCACUGAAUGACCCGCGAGGGGGGGAACGGCUUCCGCACGAUGUCAUUUUUUAGGAGGAAAGGUAAAGCCAAAGGAGAACAGGAGAAACUCACAGAGCCACAAACCAAUAAAGCCCUGGCCCUAAUUCCAGUUGCAUCACCGUCCCCAAGCAGGAAUUAUGCACCUCUGGAAGCUGCAGGACCAAGCAAUGUGGCCAUCAAUGCAAUCUCUGCUAACAUGGACUCCUUUCCACGUGGCAGAACAGCGGUCCUUAAAAAACAGCCGAGUCACAUGGAAGCUGCUCAUUUUGGAGACCUAGGUCACUCGUGUCUGAACUAUAACUCUCAAGACACCAACUCCAGGCUUUCAAAGACUCUCGAACAGGUCUUGCAGGACACGACUGCACUACCGUAUAUUAUCCAGUUUAUGCAGAUGCAAGGAGUUGGACAUUUAGUCACAUUCUGGUUGGAAGCAGAAAGUUUCCGCACCACAAGCUGGUCCCGCAUCAGGGCUCACAGCCUGAACACUGUAAAACACAGCUCUCUAGCAGAACCUACUUCGCCUGCAAACAGACAUCAUGAUGCUAAUGUAUUGGCAUCGUUUGACUCCAGUUCAAUAUGCAACCCGGAAGCAAAGGGCAAUGUGGUUUGUAGUGGAAAGAAGCCAGGUUUUGCAGAUCCCAGAAGUCUGGACUCUGUAGGUAGAACUAACUACUCCCCCAACCAAUGGUUAAAUCAGGGUGUUAGUGAGUCGAGUACACUGCAUGACGGGACUUCACGAAUAGUAACCUUUCAGACAGAAACUGCAAAUCAAGAAUCUUCCAAGCCUGCGUCCAAAGGAAAUCGACAGCCAACAGCACUGAAGGAUCUAUCAGGCAAGCUGAUGAAAAGUAUAGAGCGUGAUGCAGUUAAUAUAUUUACUAAAUACAUUUCGCCAGAUGCUUCAAGACCAAUUCCAAUUGUAGAAGCAAUGAGAAAUGACAUAGUAGCUAUGAUAUGCGGAGAAGAUGGACAAGUCAAUCCCAACUGUUUUGUUCCUGCACAAGCCGUGGUGUACAUUAUAAUGGAAAACGAGCACUUUACAGAAUUUUUACGGAGUCAUCAUAUUUGUAAAUACCAGAUUGAAGUGUUGACCAGUGGUGUUGUUUACCUAUCUGAUAUUCUUUUUAAUGAGUCGGCGCUCUUCUACUUCUCUGAGUAUAUGGAGAAAGAAGAAGCUAUAAACGUCCUGCAAUUUUGGUUGGCUGCAGACAACUUCCAAUCUCAGCUCGCUGCUAAGAAUGGGCAAUACGAUGGUCAAGAAGCCCAAAAUGACGCCAUGAUCUUGUACGACAAGUACUUUUCACUGCAAGCCACAAACCCACUAGGAUUUGAUGAUUCUGUCAGAUUGGAAAUCGAGUCGAAUAUCUGCAGGGAAGGUGGACCGUUGCCUGAUUGCUUCACUACUCCAUUAAGGCAAGCCUGGACGACAAUGGAAAAAGUUUACUUACCUGGUUUCCUGUCUAGUAAUCUAUAUUAUAAAUACUUGAACGAUCUUAUCCAUUCGGUGCGAAGUGAUGAAUUUACUGGAGCCAAUGCAUCCUAUCCUGGCCAACGGCCAAGCAGCCCUCAUGAACAUGACUCCAUUUCAGGCAGCUCUGAUGGUACUGUGGUACAGCCAGGUGUCAAAAAGGCCACCGUAAAAAUCCUGAAAAACUUUGACGAAGCAAUAAUAGUGGAUGCCGCGAGUCUAGACCCAGAAUCUUUAUAUCAAAGAAACUUUGCAGGGAGAAUGACAUUUGGCAAGAUAAAUGAACUGGGCCAAUUUAUCAGAGAGUCUGAGCCAGAGCCAGACGUGAAGAAAUCAAAAGGUUCCAUGUUCUCACAGGCCAUGAAGAAAUGGGUGCAGGGAAAUACAGACGAGGCUCAGGAAGAAAUGGCGUGGAAGAUCGCUAAGAUGAUUGUUAAUGACGUCAUUCAGCAAGCACAAACUGAACCACUCAGUGUCAAGUCAACAAAGUGGUCCAGAAUGUAAAGGACACAUUUAUGAUCAUUUUCUCCUCAGUUAUGACCCAUAAGAACAACCAUCUUGUGCACUCUUCUCUCGAAGUGACUCCACUCUGCACCGAGCAGCGAACACCUCCUUUCAGUUAACACAGCCAUGAAAAAGCACUGUACUUUAUAUGAUCUGAUCUUACUCCAUUAUUUGUAUGAAGAAAACUAUGCAUUCCAGGAUCUCCAGACUCAAAUUGUGGGUUUUAUUGAUCUUGACGCUGGACCGGACGUGAUGAAGGUUUUCGAGAAGAUGCUGCAUCAAGCAGAAAGCAAAAGGACUACAGGGCACUCUUUUUAAACCUGGAUUCCGGUUGUAUGGUUUCAUAAGCAUUGAAGUGAUGAUUAUAUAGAUCUAUAUUGUGUUCCAAAUGUCACUCCAUUGAUUUGUUCCUGUCUGUUUGUUCGUUUGAUUGUCGGCCCUUACAAAAUACCUUCUGGAUAUUUGUUGGAAAAANUUUAGCACAGAAGAAAAAAANUAUAUAUAUAUAGAGAGAGAGAUACAUAUAUGAUUUUUGUAAAAGGUUUGGAAAAUCUCAGAGGGGUUUCUUGAUAAUAUCUGAUAAAUGGAGGUACUGUAUUUACGCAAAAGAUGUUACCUAAUUGUAUUGAGAUUGAGUAUUAUCACAGAAAGAGGCAAAUAAAAGCUAUGUCCACGUUUUUUGGUACUAUGUACUAUUUCUAUGUUUUCUGAUGGAUAUGUGUUCAUGUACUUAAUCCGAAAUCAUACCUAUUUAAUUGUGUUUGAUUUAAAAUACAUAUUAUUGAAAACUG